AUGGUCCCCAUCAUUGUUUCUGGAGGGACUGGUGGGGUAGCACUGCUGUUUCUGCUUCUGCUUGUCAUCUGUCUAGUCAUCUUGAGGACAAGGAGGAGCAGAAAGCCAUCUACAGAGACUGGCCAGAGAGAAUGUAAGUGAUAUCACAAUUAUGUAAACUCAAAGGCUGAAUCUGAACUUGAUUUAGGCCUUGAGCUUGAAAAGUUAAGUUAAGCAGCAUCUCAAAAUACUUUUGUUGUAAAUCUUUUCUAUUCCCAGGAGUUUGCUGUUGGAAAUAUUAAUGAGCAAAUUGUUAUACAACAGGUAUUGACAACAGAGGGGAGGACCACGAAGAGGAAGAGGAAGAGGAAGAGGACUAUGUGAAUUUAGAAAACGACUGUUACGAGGGAGGUCUGGAAAGAGUGACGGGUGAAAAGAAGAAUGGGAAGGAAAAAGGGCACAGCUAUGGGAAAUCAGAGGAUGUCUAUGACAACGAGCAUGGAAACAUUCAAAGAAAGAGUGUUUGUGGGGGGUCUCAUGAGAAAAUGAACAGUGAACACGAUGAAGAAGAUUACGUUAAUAUCUCCGCUCAGGACAAUUCU